GCUGAUUAGCGAAUCCGGAAUGGCCUGGAUGAAAGCCCGCUUGUGAUUCGCCCUAAGUAGAGCAACGCCCUUGUGGGCUGGAACAGGCCGGACUGCAAGGUGUGAGUAGGGGACUCCGGAGAGUCGGAGCCAGUGGGACGUGGCCGGGCGAACGUUCUGGAGACCUGGAGGGGUAAUGUUUUCCACUUGCCAGUUUGAAUCAGCAACAAGGCUGGGGAGAGAAGCUGGAGUUCUCAUUUCUGGCGUGUUCACACCACAGUACUGGAGUGUGGCUGUCUCGGGAGCCCCUCGGUGAUGUAGCUAACAGACACACCAUCACUUUCAAGUCCCAGCACCGCUCAGGAAAAAGGGUGGAAGAACGUGAAAAGGAAGCCUCCAGAAGGACAAUUCACUCCUGUGACCUGUUUUCUGCUGCUUUCAAGGGCUUGAGUCUGUGAAAAUCUGGGAAUGGGUGAGGUAACUGUCUCUCACUGCCAGCAGCACUAGGGCCAAAUACCCUCCAUGGAAUCCACAUUUGUGCUGGACGAUGGCUGGCACUGUGCUCGGAGUGGGGGCCGGCGUGUUCAUCCUAGCCCUGCUGUGGGUGUCAGUGCUGCUGCUGUGUGUGCUGCUGUCCAGAGCCUCCGGUAUAGCUAGGUUCUCCGUCAUUUUUAUAUUCCUCGGCGCUCUGAUCAUCACAGCAGUUCUGUUGCUCUUCCCCCGAGCCGGUGAAGUCCCAGCCCCAGAGGCUGAAAUGAAGAUUGUGGAUGCCUUUUUCAUUGGUCGCUAUGUCCUGCUGGCUUUCCUCACUGCUGUCUUCCUUGGAGGCCUUUUCUUGGUUCUAAUUCAUUAUAUCCUGGAGCCAAUCUAUGCCAAACCUCUGCGGUCCUACUGAGCACUAUUCGGGAAAGCCAAGACCCUGUGCUCUCCUUCACUUUGAUGUCACUGAUGAGCAGAAAGGUACUGUGUGGAGCCUUGUGUUGAGAGCCUUCACGCCUUAAGAUCAGAGGACCAUCCAUUCAUCACUAAGACAGAUCCCUGGAAUACUGGCUUCUAGAAAUGGGAUUGCAAAAUUUUGUCCCUGUGGAGAUAGAUUCUCCCAGUUUAAGAGGGAUAUCGCUGUCUUCUUGGCACUUGUACCUCAGGUUUUCCGUCUGUUUUGAAAGGGAAAUAGUAACAGUUGUCUGCCUAGAGUAGAUUUUCAAUCAAGAUGUCAGUAAGUGGAUUUUGGGAAAAGGAGCACUUUGGCUUCUGCCAUCCAAUAGAUGGAAGAACCUGGUCCUUAUUGAUAAUAUGUAAAAUUCUUAGUUACAAGGUCAAGAUCAUUUGGAAGGAAAGGCACUCAAAGUUCAAAAGGUUAUUUUAAUGUGAUGAUUUGAAAAACCUACUCAGGUGUUGGUUAUUGACCACUCUCUGCACAUCAUGCCACAGAGCUGUGUGAAGGCCAUGGGGUCACUUCUCUCUGCUCCAAGAAAGCAACAAGCAACCACCAGAGCACUGACUUUCACUUCAAACUCUAGGCCACAGCUUUCUGAAUCUAGUAUUUCUAUAUUUCAGGUUCACUUAGGGGUUCGAGGAAGGGUAUGGAAAUGUUGGUCUUGCUGCUAUAUAUAUCUGGAUUCUUUUCCUUCCAGGUUUUGCUAGCCUUUGUGUGCCUUAUUUAAUUAUUGAAAGAGUCCAUUUUGGGUUAUUGUCAUCUCUUUUAGUCUUUGUAGCUGGUGAGGCAUGAAUAUUCCCUGGAUUAUAUAUAAUUUUAUACCUGAGAUCCCAGACCAAGAGAAAUUUGUCAUUAAAUGGAGGGGCUCCGGGCUGGUUCCACUUUGGAAGUGUCAUCCUGACUCCCCAGAGCUAUUUGAAGAAGUAUCUUCUGGCUUAAAAUUAAUAACCAGAAAACAGGUUGGAAAGAGAACUUUGAUUGAGUACAUGCUAUAUGCCAGUAGUAUACUAGUUCCUUUGAAAUUUAAUUUAGUUUUUACAACAGUCUAUUUGUUAUCAUCCCCAUUUUAAAGUAGAAACAAAUUAAAGCUUAAAGAGAUUCACUUCCUUGCCCAAGCGUCACCUAAUGGCAGCGUGCACAGUGUGGCAGACCCCAGGCUGGUGAGGGCCAGGUGUGGUUAUUCCUACACUUGAACUGUUUUUAUCUUAUUCAGUUUGGAAAAACUUUGCAGAUAAAGCUUUAUCACAGAAAGCUACAAAGGAAGUAAUUUCUUAAUCUGGCCUUGGGCCCAUAGGUAAGAAUUAGAAGAAACAUCCUCCAAGCAGAUUGGAGGAGAGAAAGGGGAAUGCUGAAAUGUUGAGGGAGGCGGGCCGAAGUGGGAGAGCCACACUACUGUGCUUCCCUGGACUCUUGCACUGGAGCUCCCGGGUGCCUGUGUCUCUGCAGAUGUGUUGAGCCAGCCCAAGCGGAGCAUGGACUCCUAACAAGCACAGGCUGCCAUUUGUCACCUUCUCCUGAGAGACUUGCUGAAGAAGCAAAUCUGGGAAAACCCUUGUAAUUCCUGAUCAUGAAUCCAUCUUUUUUAUUCCCUAACAAAGGUGUCCAACUAUUAGAUCAGUGGAUAACAGCUAUGAAGUUUUGGGUGACUACAUAUGUGGAGAAAAAUGUGUUAAGGUUGGAAACUAAAUUCCUUCCUUAACACUACUGCUGUCUAAUUUUUUUUUUUACACAGAUGUAAAUGACAGGCUUGUGUGUUAAGGGCAAAAAGUAUACUUUGUAUAAAGUGUGUUUUAGCUCGGCCUGCCUCCUAUAGAUCCCUAGUCUGUAACUACCAGCUGUGGUGAAAUGAAUGAUAGAUUACUUUCUACCUUCAUACUCAAAGCAGUUAUGUCCAAUCCCCAAAAACCCCCACCGGGUUGGGAUAAGAAGUAGAAGGCUGAGAGGGCACGAAAUGAACUUCCCUGGGAGUUCUACGUGGGGCAGCCCCAUAACCAGUGUCUGGUAUGGCACCCCUUGUGCUCAUGGCCUUCCUGGACAUGGGGCUUAGAGGGUGUCCCUUAAAUACAAGCUGAAAUCAUCUUAGUGUCCCAUUCGGCGUUCUUUGAUCAAUGGCCCUGGAGCAGGAACAGUGCUAUACUGUUCCCUACCUAGAGGGGAUCCUGUGGCAGAGAGACUGGUCAUGCCCACUGUUUAGAAGGUGGAGAGGGAGAGUGAAUCAGGGCUUCUAUAUAGAAAAGACAGGUUAUUUCACAGCUUCUUAAAGUCGGAUCCCGACAAAAGCUAAAUUAGCAGGACGCCACCUUACCCCCCCAAGGGAGGCUUUUGUCCCAUCUGCUAGGUGGCACUAUGUGUUAUGUUGUAGAAGUCUCAUAAGCCAGCAAAAAACACCAGGUAACUUUUUGACGAGUUCUUUCAAUUUCUCACUUGUAAAAAUGGAAGUAGAGCUAACAUUCUUUAUUGAUGCCUGGUAUCAGAUAUUUAACCUACAAACUCAUCAAAAUUAUUACACCGUGUGUGGUUACUAGGGAAUGCACAGCCAUUCGUUCAUGCUGCACGUGACAGCAUGGCUGUUCAUGCAGCGUUCCCGGGUGUCCUGCUGGGUGUACAGCGUUGGUCCUGGUGGAGUAAACCAAUCCAAGAACAGGGUUCUGAGCCCUCUAGGCUGCCUUCCUAAUUCCACGCUGCAAUGAAGGCAUCCAAAUCAUUUUUAAAUGCUUUUAUUCUAACAUAAAGUAAUCUACUUCUUGUUCUGUUCUUCUCUAAGACAUAAACUUUUCUCUCAAUUCUA